CUUUCUGAGCUCAUCAAAACGGCCCUCCAGAAGCCGGAGUAUCUGAUUCUGGAAUAACCAUGGCUAUGUCUAAAAUAACAUGGUUUUUUAUAGUUUUUGGAACGGUUUAUUUUCUGGAAUCAAUCGGAGGAUUUUAUAUGACUAGUGCUGUGGUAUUCAUCGAAAAACAAUUUCAAAUUCCAUCUCGUUUAAGUGGAACAAUGGUUUCUGCUGGAGAUUUUGCAUACAUCCCAGUUGUUAUUUUUACAAGUUAUUUUGGUGGAAAAGGAAAUCGUGCAAGAUGGAUUGGUGCUGGAUGUAUUCUGAUUGCAAUUGCUAAUUUCAUGAUUGCCAGCAGUAAUUUUUUAUUCCCAGUUGAACAAGCCAAUGUGACAACUCACAUUCCAAGUGCAUUAGCUCAUCAAAUUGAUAGAGAUAUAGUGAAUGGAGAUGUAAAUAGCACAGAGCAUUUGUGGUUGGAACAGAUUCAUCCAUUGAUUGAUCCUAAAAAUCAAGUUGUAAUGAACUAUGAAGGUGAUGAAAAAUCCGAUUUGUUACAAAAGUACGUAGAAUAUUGUCACUACCACAAGGGAUCUGAAAUCUGCAAGAAUCUUGAAAAAUAUAUAGCCGAAAAGUUUCCAAUAACCGAUGCAAAAAUGUCAAAUGUUCGAGCAAUGGUUGCGCUUCCAUAUGGAUUUUGUCAUUCCAUGCUUAAUUUCGUCCGAGCUCAGCACUAUGCAUGCAAGAAAGAUCAAUCAACUCUUGGACCAUUCAUGAUGAUUUUCGGAGGACUUUUGGUACUUGGAGUUGGAAGAACAAUGCCAUUUUCUCUUGGAUUACCAUUAAUGGACGACAAUGUCAAAAAACAAAAUCUGCCAUUAUACUUUUCGUUCAUGUUCUUUGUGAAAAUCCUUGGUCCGGUUAUUGGACUUCUAGUUGGUGGGCAGUUGAACAAGUUAUACGUUGAUUUUAAUCCUCCACAAGGACUUACACCACUUGACCCAAUGUGGAUUGGUUGCUGGUGGCUGGGAUUUUUAAUUUUUGGAACUCUUCUUUUUGGGCCAUCCUUGGUUCUUUACUUCUUCCCAUCUGAUGAUCUUGAUAUUAACGCUCCAGAAGAGUUUGAUGAUGAUGGAAAAGUAAAACCAAGAAAACGGUUAAAUCUUGUGGAUCGUCAUAUCAAAAAGGAUGAACAGGGAAAUGCUCUGAUGCCUGAAACUAUAAUGGAUAAAAUCAAUGAUUUUAAAGCAACAAUUGCUAAUCUUGUGAAAAACAAAAUAUUUGUGGGGGCCAUGUUUGGAAGAAUCAUUGAUGUACUUGCAUUCAAAGGAUAUUUCGUUUUUCAAGCAAAGUAUUUGGAACUACAGUUUGGUGUUCCUCAAUACAGAAUUCAAAGGUACAUUGCAAGUACUGGAAUUGUUGGUUUUGCCUGUGGAGUUAUCCUUGGUAGUUUAUCGAUGAAGUUUUUGAAGCUACAAGGAAGAAAAGCUGCUGCUUGGGUUGCAGUAUGUAGUCUGGUUGCUGCUCUCAUUUCAUUUGCGAAUGGUACCGUCGGAUGUAAAUCUGUAAUUGGACAAAUUGGUGAUCAAAUCAAAAUUAAUGGGCCAGUAUUUGAUGGAUGUAGAGAUGAUUGUAUGUGUGAGCAAACUCCGUUGUAUCCUGUAUGUGAUGUGAGUGGAAGUGCAUAUUAUUCCCCUUGUCAUGCUGGCUGUGCAAUGGGUUGGAAGAACUACAGUAUCUUUGAUAAUACAAAAGCCACAGUUGAUACAUUGAUUUUUGAAAACUGUGCAUGUGUUGAUAAUAAGGUCAAAGAAGUCAGCAGAUCAUAUUGUAGAACUGAGGAAUGUGAAGAAAGAUUUGGUCGCUUCUUUAUGCAUCAAGCAUUUGGCGCAGUUUUUGGAGGACUAGGUGUGGUGCCUGGAAUGUUGAUUGUAUUGAGAGCAGUACCACCGGAGCAUCGUAGUGUCUCAUUAGGUUUCAACGGAUUUUUGGUCAGUCUUUUGGCAACGCUACCGUCUCCAAUCAUCUGGGGAAAAAUAAUAGAUAUGUCGUGUCUUCUUUGGAAAAAAUCGUGCGAUUCAUCAGGAUCAUGCUCUGUUUACGACACUGAUGAGUUAAGAGUCAGACUGCACGUCAUUUAUGGAUGCCUUCGAAUUUUCUCACUCAUCUCGGAUGUUUGGGUCUGGUACUGGGCUCGAGGGCUGAAACUAAUCGAAGAAGAAACUCCAGAAGAUAAAGAUAAAAAAGAAGAAGAAACAGAGAAGUUACAUUCAAAACGUAAAGAAAGUCUUCGAGAUGCGGCUGAAAAAGUGGAAAAAACUGCAUACGAACUUGACCAGCUGAUUGAUCAACGAGGAUCUUAAUUUAUUUUUUUUUCGAUCUUCAAAGAAUUUUUAAAUUUUUAUUUUUAUCAAUUGUGUUCUCUUCAUACUUGAUCUAUAUUAGACAUAAGCUUUUCGAUUUGAUGCGUUUACAAAAUGUUUCACAUUUUAAUCUCAUUCUUCAAUCUUUGUGCCUUGUUAUGUGUGAUCCCAUUCCAAAAUGCUCAUCUCUCUCUCACUUUAAAUUAUCAUAUUUGUUGUCAGUAGCGGGUGUAUUCGACUAGUCUGAACAACGAUUUUAAAUUUU